CUGCCACAUGUCACCAUGGCAGUAUCUCUUGGCCCUUGAUCUGAUCCGAGGGUAGAACUUACACUCACGGAAAUCAACCAGGAGCUUCGGUUGUAGCUGGCAAAGAACAAGCAGGACUUCCAAGACCUCCCAGAGAAAUUCCUUGUAUCCCAUGCUACUGCCUACUCCCUGGCCAACCAGCUGCAGAAAUACAGUUCAGUCCUAGGGGUCGUGGUCACCAAAGUGAUGAAUGAUCAUUGUCUUCCCUCUGAGAAACAAAAACUCUCCAGACUUUUGUAUACAGAGUAUGAAGCAUUUAAGGACAUCAUUGAAUCUGUGCUGGGGGAGAAGCUGCUGUUUGAGGCGCUGAGGCUAGCAGAGAAGCUGGCAGAGAAGCCCACGGAAGCUGAGAGGACAUGUGAUAUCCUAACUCAAAGUCAGGCACGAGAGCUGACCCAGUUACGGCGGACACUACAGGAAGUGAAAGAUGACUCUGUCCUACUCCAGCAGCACCUCAAGGACCUCCUCACCCACAACGACCUUGACAACCAACAGGGGCAGGGCUUCCAAGAGCUGUUGACUGAGGGACACAGGCUGGCAGAGCACCUUGCCCACAAGCUCAGCCCAGAAAUUCAUGAAGAUGAGGAGGAGGAACGGGCACAAGAGACACUCACGCCCAGCGUGGAGCUGCAGGAGGUUGAAAAGAAGGACGUGCCUCAGGAAUCCCAGGAUGAAUGUGUUUUGGCUCCUUCAAUUCUCCAAGGAAGUUCUGACUGCAACCAGCCUUACAGUGAUGGCAAAUUUGCAUUUGAUGAACCAGAAGUGGGCCCUGCUCCGGAUGGAGCCUGUGGUUGCUCCCAUGCUAAAGAGGAUGAAAUUCCAACCGAUCUCCCAGACAAUCAAAAUGAUCAUAAGCAAGUGGAUGGACAAGAGACAAUGUCCCCCAGCGUGAACCUACAGGAUGUUGAAAAGAAGGAAGUGCUCCAGGAAUCCCAAGAUGAAUGUGUUUUGGCUCUUUCAACUCCCCAGGAAGGUUCUAACUGCUACCAGCCUUACAGUGAUGAAAAAUUUGCAUUUGAUGAAGAGAAAGUGGGGUCUGCUCUGGAUGGAGCCUGUGGUUGCUCCCAUGCUAAAGAGGAUGAAAUUUCAACUGCUCUUCCAGAAAACCAAACUGAUCACAAUGACCUGAAAGGACCAGUGGCUAUUGCUACAGGUAAUUUUGAAUAUUUGUGGGCCGUUAAUACAAUUGCUGGUCCCUCUUGGGUUAAUCUUCAGUCCUGCCUCCCCACCAGGCUCAGCAGGGAGCUGCCACAGAUGGUAGAGAAUGGUGUCCCACGGGACUCACUGGAUGAAUACUAUUUGAUUUACUCAGUUCUUCCUGGUCUGUCAGACUCUUUCUGGCCUUAUACAAGUGCUGCCUUGUUCUCAUUUGAGGAAGUGGAUGUCUCUUAUGCUCGGGAUGUAACCAUUGAGUAUUCUUUAUCAAUGUCCUCCGACCCAACAAAGCUCAGUAUGGAGCUGCUGGUGAUAGAAGAGAAUGAAGUCCAGCAGGACUUACUGGAUGAAUGUGAUUUGGCUGGUUCUAUUGGCCAUCAUCUGUCAGACUCCUGUAUGCCUUACAGAAGUGUCUCAUUCCAAUCGGAUAAAAGGGAGGUCUCCUCAGUUCUAGACGUAAAUGGUGACACCUGGGAGGACUGUCACCAAAGGCCUUUGAGUUUCCAAGGCCCAGGGGUACACACUUCACAAGCACAGCUGCAGAAAAGCACCCACAUAACCAAUUAUCUGCAGCUGCAGCUGGACCAGCAUUUCGAUUGUGGGACAGAAGCCACACUUGGUCUUUCCUCCACCAUCUGGGGCUUUACUGCCAACUCCGAUUCUGGAAGCCAAGGACCACUCUUCCUAGGUAAAAGAUAA